AUGGCGUUCUCUUGGGACGCGCAGUCCCUGCGGGCCGCGAUAGACGACCCGCAGCGCUCGCUCGCGGCGCUCCAGGUUGCAAAUCAGGGCUCCGGACGGCACGAGCUGACGGGCGCCGAGGCGGUCGCCUUCUUCACCGGUUCGGGGCUCCCGCAGGAGACGCUCAGCUCGAUAUGGAUGGCGAGCACCAAGGGUGCGCCCGAGAUGGGCCCUCAGAUGUUCCUCGAGGCCCUCAAGCUCGCCUACGCCGCCCUGCACGGCGGUAAUCCGUCGUCAUCCUCCGGCGCGGCAUCCGCGUCGCGGGGCGGACCGGCGUCGUUCUCUUCGCACGGCGGCGGCGGCGGCGGUCCGACCCCGGAGGAGCGGCAGAAGUACGCCGCGCACUACGGCACCCUACCCGGCGCGAACGUCGGGCAGGUCUCCACCGCCGACGCCGCGGACUUCCUCUCAAAGGCGAAGAUCAAGCGAGAGCUCAUCCAGGACAUCUUAGCCAGGAACGCGCGCGGCGCCGCGAAAGUCACGCUGGACGCUUUCGUCCAGUCCAUGCACGAGACGUACGAGGCCCGCAAGUUAAAGAAGGAGAAGAAGGGGCUCAAGAGCGCGGCCAAGGCGGCGAUGGCGUCCGGCGCGUUCGCCGCGGCUGGCUCGACGUCGUGGCGAUCGGCGCCCGUGCCCCCGCCGCUCGAACCGACGAAUGCCUCGACGAACGCCUCCGCCGGACCGGGCGAGUCCGUCCCGUCCGCGUUCGCGAGCUUCGACGCGCCGCCUUUACCGCCGUCGGGAGGAGGAGGAGACGGCGGCGGCGGAGGAGGAGGUGGAGGAGCGUGGGGCGGGGCGGGGGCAGACGGAGCGGCGGGAGGUGGGUUCGCGGAUUUCGGGUCGCCGCCGACGGGGGGCGCGGGUUUCGCCUCGUUCGGCACGGACUUUGGAUCGAUCGCGGACGCGCCCGCGGCGGGACCCACCGGCUCCACGAACGACGUCGCCGCGCAAGGCGGGUUCGCAUCCUUCGACGCCGAUUUCGGCACAGCUGUGGCACAGCCGGCGGCACAGCUGUCGGAUGCGUUUGCGACAAAUACGUCGGGAGAAGACCCGGCGCCAGCUGUGUCGUCGUUCGGUCGGACCGAUUCCUUCGGUGGCGGAUCGUUCGGCGCCGCGGGCGUCACCGGCGAUUCCUUCGGCGGUGGAUCGUUCGGCGACGCGGGCGUCACCGGCGGGUCCGCCGCGGGAUCCGCCGCGCUCGACGAAGACAUGUUCUCGGGCGCCCAGUACUCGUCGCCGCCCAAGGCGCCCGGGUUCGGGGGGUUGGACGCGUCGUCGUCGUUCGGUGGGGACCCGUCCGUCGUCGGGUUUGAAGGCUUCGGCGGCGGUGGCGGCGGAUCGUCCGCGCCCACGCCGCCGGCGGGCCCCGCUUCCCAACCGCCGACAGUCGGAGGCGACUUUGCCUCGUUCGACGCGCCCGCGCCCGCGCCGACGGUUGGAGGCGACUUUGCCUCAUUCGACGCGCCCGCGCCGGCGCCGACGGGCGAUGACUUUGCCUCAUUCGACGCGCCCGCGCCGGCGCCGGCGGGCGGCGACGACGCCUUCGCCACCUUCGCCGCCGCCAAACCCCCGCUCCCGCCGCCGGUUCCGCCGUCUGGGUUCGGAGCCUUCGACGAGCCCGCCCCGCCAGCUGUGCCGCCGCCGACUGUGCCGCCGCCAGCUGUGCCGCCGCCGCCGAUUGACGAAGCCGCCGAGGCUGAAGCCGCCGCCGCCUCCGCCGCCGCGGAUAGAGAAAAGGAGCGCGCCCGCGUCGCCGCCGCCGACCUCGCCGCCGCGGAGGCUGCCGUCGCCCUCGCGAAGCGACGCAAGGCGCAGGCGGAGACCGACGCGGCUCGAGCCGAGGCUGACGCGGUUCGAGCCGAGGCGGAUCUCGAGACGGCGAGGAAAGAACGAGAAACCGCCGAGGAGGACGCCGGGCGGGUGGGCGAGCGCAAGCGCCUCGCCAUCGCGCGGGCCGAGCGCGCCGCGUCAGAGGCGGCGGAGAUCCGCGCGCGCACCUCGCGGCUAAAGGCGGAUCAGAGCGACGUCGCCGCACGGCUGGAGGCGGACGCGGCGGCGGCGGAGGAGGCGCUCGAACGCGUGAAAUCACACGCGAAGGCGUCGCGAGCGAACAUCGAGAAGGCUAUGGCGCAGUCGAAGAAACGAGCCGACGACGCCAAAGCGCAGGCGGAGGAAAUUCGUACAAACGCCAGCAACAACGCCAAGGCGUCCAAGCUCCGCGCGGAGACGGAGAUUGCCGAGGCGAAGGAGCAGCUCGAGGCUGCCAAAGCGGAGCGCGAUCGGAUCAAGCGCGAGACGCAGGUUGCGAAGAUUGAACGCGACGCCGAGCUCGAGCGACUUCGUCUGGAACACGACUUGGUCUCCAGAGAGAUUCUGGACGCGCGUCAGGCGCACGAACACGACCACAACGUCGCGGCGGAGCCCCUCGAGACGCUUCGAGCGCAAAUCGCCGUCGUCAAGUCGGAGAUUCGUCGGACGCAGGAUGAAACAGCGGCGGCUUCGAAGCGAGCCACCGACGCGCUCGUCGAGGCGAGCCUGCAGCUGCAAGAGUGCGAGGAGGCCGCCGCCGAGGCCAGGCUGGAGCGCGAGAUCACCGCGGAGAGCGAGGAUAAGGAGGUUGAGAAGGUUCGCGUCGCUCUGGAGGAAACGAGGAGGGCUCUGGAGGAGGCGAUCGAACGAAACGACGAGCUCUCCAGGCGCCACGUCGCCGAGAUCACCGAGCUCACCGAAACCAUCGAGGCGACCCGGAUCGCCACCGAGGAGGCGCACUCGGAGGCGAGGGCGGCCGCCGAGUCACACGCGGAGCGCGUGGAGGCGCUUCACGAGCAGCUGCGCGCGGCUUACAGGGCCAAGGACGAGGCGGAGGCUGAGUCCCUCCGCGUCACCAAAGAGACGGCCGCCGUCGUCGCGGAGAAGACCGCCGCGGCUGAGAAGGCCGAAGCCGCCGCGGCGGAGGCGCGCGAAAAGGCGGAGGCUGCCAAGGCUGACGCCGCCGCGAAGCGCGCCGCCGCCGAGCAGCGACUCGAGGGUGCGGAGGAGGCGUUGCGGCGCGACCUCGAGGAGCUCGGAAAGGCCAAAAAGGAGCAGACGACUGCGGCGAAUCUCGAGCGGGACCGGCUCGCCGAGAUCAAGGCGACGCGCGAGGCGGAGCGAUCGUCGUACGAGACGGAGGUGGCGACCGCGAAGGAUGAGAUCGCGGAGACGCGCGCGUCGAUCGCCGCCGAGGAGGCGAAGCUCGAAGCGGAGCGCAACAAGCGCGAGAUUGAAAAGGAGGAGGACGAGAGGCUCAUCGCCGAGGCCAAGGAGAAGCUCAGGGCCGAUCAGCUCGCGCUGGCCAAGAAAAAGGCUGAGGCGGACGAGGCGAAGGCACAGGCUGAGCUCGCGUCCGUCGCGAGGAAGUCCAUCCUGGCGCACGUCGAGGAGGAGGCGGCGGAACUUCGCCGGAAGGUUGCCGAGGAGCAGCGAAGGGUGGACACCGAAUCGACGCAGAUUGAAAACGAUCUCGCCAUGCGCGAGGCGUCGCUCGCCGCGGAGCAGACGAAGCUCGCCGCGGCGCUCGAACGCCUCCGAUUCCAGCGCCCGCGCGAGUCCGCCGCCGCCAAGCAGGUCCAGGCGUUACGAGAAACGCUCGCCAAAGCUGAGGUGGAGCGCGACGACGCGGAGAAGCGCGAGGCGGAGGCUCGCGCCGAGGUGGAGAAGAACCUCGCCCAGCUCAAAUCUUUGGCGACGGCGGUGGCCAAGGCUAACGGCGCGGCCGCAGCCGCCAGGGCGUCCGCCAUGGAGGCUGAGCGCCUGGCCGCGACCAACGCCGCCGCCGCGGAGCACGGCGCGGCGCACUCGCAGAUGGACCGCGUGAGAGCCACCGCCGAGAAGAAAGCCGCGGAACGAAUUCGAGCCGCGAGGGCGGAGGCGGCGCGGGUCAUCGCGGCGCGGUCGCCUCGAAACCUCGCGUUCACAUCUCCCAGGCUUUCGUCGUCCGCGGCCACCACGCCGAGGUCCGGAAGCGCCGGGGGGUUUGGAAGCGCCUUCACGACGCCGGUAUCGAAGCCGGUAUCGAAGCCAGUUCCCGCGGCAACGCAGCCGCGCGCCUUCGCCGAAAAGCCCGAGCCGUCGUCCGAGCGGACGCCCGGGUUGGUUCAGCCCGUCACGUCGUCCCCGAAAACCUCACCGAGGACCUCGCGGUCCGUGCGUAAGUCCGAGACGUCUAACAAGUCCAUGGACGACGCGCUGCGCAUCGACGCGGAUCUGGACAUGGACCUUGGCGGUUUCGACGAUCCGUUUUCUCCGGGUGGCUCGGAGGUUAAAAAAUCUCCGAGGUCGUCGUCAUCCGGCGGCGCGAAACCCAAAUCCCCGAAAUUCCAACAGUCGCCAAAGUCGCCGCGAACAUCGGAAGCCUCGGAAGCCGCGGGAUCCCCCAAGUUUGCCGCCUUCGAGGCGAGGUUCAGCGAGGGCGAACCGGGUUUCAAGGCUGACUUUUCCGCGUUUGAGCCGCCCGCGGCUCACGGCGAAUUCGGCGGCUUUGGGGCGUUCGAGCCCGCGAAGUUCGAGGCGUCCUUCGACAACCCCCUCGCGAAACCCGACGAUGGCGAGAUCCAACCGGCGACCGCCCCCACCCCCGCGCCGCCCGUCGCGAGAAAGUCCGAGGGGGAGCUCGAGAUUGCGGACUUCACCGACGACGACGACGACGACGACGAAGAGGAGGAGGACCAAGGACCGAAGGACAUCGCCGUGAAGAAGCUCCAGGGGUUCACGAUCAAACCCGGAGCGACAAAACCGACGGGGCCCAGCUAUUUCGACGAUCCCGUCCCGGCCAAGACGUCGGGGCUCUUCGACAACUCGCCGCCGGCUGCGCAAACGUUUGACGCAAAGUUUGACGCAAAGUUUGACGAUCCGCCGCCCGCCGCCGGUGUACCGACCAAGACCGAUUCGCAGGACGAAUUCGCGACGGACGACGAGAAGGAAGAGCCCACACGCACUGGGCCGCGAACGGACGACGUCGCCCGCCUCGGCGUCUCGCGCAUGUCCGACGCCGACGUCGACGAAUUCUUCGACGCCUUCGCUCGGGCCACCGGUUCGGCGGCGGAGGCCAUGUCCGGCGGGACUCUCGUCGCCGUCACCCGGGACACCGGGCUGGAGCAGGGCGACUUGUCCACCAUCUGGCAGCUGGUUGCCGCGCCCGGGGCGUCCUCCCUCACCAGGGAAGAUUUCGCGCUGUUCAUGCACCUGACGCGUCACGUCGUCGCCGGCGGCGAGAUGCCCGAGUCGAUGGACGACGCGGAGCGGGUCAGGGUCAUGGGUCCCGAGCACGGCCCCCGCCGGGCCCCGCCCCCGCCGCCCCCACCCCCGCCGCCGCCACCACCCGCGGACCACCCGGUCGUCGUGGUGGUGGAGUCCUUCGCGAAUAUUAAGGAUGGCAAAAAUUUUAAAAACGCAAACGUCUCCGUCGUCUUGGUCGACGGCGAGGGCGAGCCGCUGUGUCCCGUCGCGACGACGCCGAUGGGCUCGGGGAUCGCCAGGUCGGACGGCUCGAUCGUCUUCAACGCGCCCGUGCGGCUGGACGCGACGUACGACGCGAUACCUCGCGGCGCCGGCGUCGUGCUGGAGCUCAGGCACUUCAAGGAGAAGGAGAAGAAGAUGAGCGUGAAGUGCUGGGCGUACGUGGCGGCGGAGUCGGUGGGACGGGGCGGGUCGGCGGCGACGGCGACGCUGCAGAAGCCUACGGACAGGAGCGGGCGGCGGCGAAAGAACUUCAACAAGGGCGAGCCGGACGUCAGGGUGAGCUUCCGGUGA